UUCUGCUAGUCCCGACUCUGGACAAGGGGUAUGGUCCGAGCCUCCGAGUCUCGUGUCUGUGUGAAGUGCUCUUGGGCUCUGAUUUCCGGAUUUACUGAAGUCCGUCGCAGGCUGUUGUAGAUCUUGGACGUCUGAUCGCAUCCAAAGCAACUUGGACAAAUGCCAUUCGGUUCUGUAACAUUUGUAUUUAAUCCGUAACCGCAUGUACAGUGCAAGCGCGGCAUGACUUGCUCUGGUUCGCGGGGCGAGAUGCAUCUGGUGACUAUCUUAGGAGUAAGUAUCUCGCCCCUCCAUAAUUGGUUAAGUUACUUCUCAUGAGAGUUCUCUUCAGAUACCUCGCGUAAUUCGAUGGUCAUUUAAAAGGCACUUGCUUUCACUAGUCGCUACAUCGAACCGCCCAGUUCAAGCAUCAUGUCUUACGUUGCUGCUGCCCCUUCUGUCUUCGGCUCUGCCCCCGCUCCUCGUAGUGAAAGUGACAGCACCAACCCCACCGCCGGUGCUGUCAUCCAACCGACCCUCGGAAGGCUCGGUGGAAAGCAAAGGGAGGCGCUGAAGCUUCGUUUGGACCUUAACCUUGAGGUUGAGAUCGCCAUUAAGGCCAAGGUCAAUGGCGAUAUAACCCUCUCCCUCUUGUAAGUAGAUCCGGGCUCGUUUGGAAAUACCGUGUUCUUAGCUUCACUUCCAGGGAAUAAUCGUUUUAGGCUCAUGGCAGUCGGGAAGGCAAAUGUUGGUACAUCAGGUUAGUCUCGAUUCUGCGUCCUCGCAUCCUCGAGUCCUCGAGUUUGUUC